AUGGACCGACUGGAGUCGUUGGGAAAUGCCCUCUCGCAGGUGACGAUGUACGACAUUAAGUCGGUGUACAACCAGGCGAAAAACAUGGUACUCAACGUAUCAGAGAUGGAGGCCAAAGUGCGAGAGGCGACGAACGACGACCCUUGGGGUGCGAGCUCGACGCUGAUGCAGGAGAUCGCAGCUGGGUGGGUGGUCUUUCAGCAAUUCAACGAAAUUAUGCCAUGUAUUUAUUCCCGGUUUAUGGACAAGGAAGCACGUCAGUGGCGCGAAAUCUACAAGGCCCUGCAACUACUUGAAUAUAUUGUUAAGCACGGGAGCGAACGUGUUGUGGAUGACGCGCGAUCACAUCUUUCCACUAUCAAAAUGCUGCGCAACUUCCACUACAUAGACGAGAAAGGGAAGGAUCAGGGGAUCAACGGUCGGUUUUACCUUAUUUCUUUGGGUUUUCUGUGUGUUGAGUUUUUCGCGAAAUAG